AAAAAUUAGGAAAGCAAUUAUGGUAAAGAGAAACAAUUUCAAUAGGAAACUACCAAUUCUUAUAGCUUUAGAAAUCCUUACCUAAAAGGAAUGUGAUUUUCAAUCUUUCCCUAUAAAUAAACAUACACCAAUUUCUUAAUUUCAAAGAAAAAUCUACUUCUUGAAGAAGAACAUUAAGGAGAAUGGGCACAGGGAAGAAGAAAAUAGAGAUCGAGAAAAUCACAAAGGAAACUUCUAGAAUGGUGACAUUCUCGAAAAGACGAAAAGGGCUUUUUAAAAAAGCUAAAGAACUUGAAUCAAUGACGGGUUCUCGUGUUGCUUCGAUUGUUUUUUCACCCACUGGAAGGCCUUAUACUUGCGGAGACGUUAAUUCUGCUAUAAAGAGGAAUUUUUCUACUAGUAGUAGAUGUACUGAACAAUCAAUGUCCGGGCUAAAUUCUAAUCAUUCAAAUUCUGAUACUUCUGAUGAUGUUGUUGUAGUUUCUGGCGGAUCUUCCUCCUCGGAGUCGAAAUCAUCAUCGACCCCGACGAGAAAUGCUCUCCGUGAUUGGGUGGAGGGUAUAGAUGCUGAAGGAUGUGAAAAUUUGAAUCAACUCAUAAUGUUGAAAGAACAAUUGGAAGGAACCAGAGAAAACAUUAUUUCCAUUGAAGAUGUUGAGUCCUUUCAAGCUUUGUUUAUGUAAAUCGUUUUAAACUUAUUUGAUUUAUAUACUUAUGGAAUUGUACUCCGGUA